GGAUCAUUUUACGUCCGAGCAGCCGCAGGAGCAGAGGUACGGUGUCGACGCUCCCAACUUCACUUAAGAGCGAAUCACCUGCAGAACAGAAGCCAGAACACUCCUGCAGGCGCAGAAAGCUGACCUGAAGCUCACACACUGGACCUUUUCCUUCUCUUCAUCAUUUAGGCGUUUACUUUCAUUUUGUGAAGCUCAGCUUGAGGAAGCGAGACAGAAGACUUGAUUGCUGCUCAGAUUUGUCCUGGACGUCUCGCUCAGCAUGGCUGCGACCACCUGUACCAGGUUCACCGACGAAUAUCAGCUCUAUGAAGAAUUGGGCAAAGGAGCUUUUUCUGUGGUGAGACGAUGUAUGAAAAUCUCCAGUGGACAGGAGUACGCUGCUAAAAUUAUCAACACCAAGAAGCUGUCUGCCAGGGAUCACCAGAAGUUGGAACGUGAGGCUCGCAUUUGUCGUCUGCUCAAACACCCCAACAUCGUGAGACUCCAUGACAGCAUAUCUGAAGAGGGGUUCCACUACCUCGUCUUUGAUUUGGUCACUGGAGGGGAGCUGUUUGAAGAUAUUGUGGCCAGAGAAUACUAUAGUGAAGCUGAUGCCAGUCAUUGCAUACAGCAGAUUCUAGAGAGUGUAAAUCAUUGUCAUCUAAGUGGUAUUGUCCAUCGAGACUUGAAGCCAGAGAACCUGCUUUUAGCCAGCAAACUUAAGGGAGCUGCAGUGAAACUGGCUGACUUUGGCUUGGCCAUUGAGGUGCAGGGAGACCAGCAAGCAUGGUUUGGAUUUGCUGGCACUCCUGGUUACUUGUCUCCCGAGGUGUUAAGGAAGGAACCCUAUGGGAAACCAGUUGAUAUGUGGGCUUGUGGUGUGAUUCUCUACAUCUUGCUGGUGGGUUAUCCUCCAUUCUGGGAUGAGGAUCAACAUAGGCUUUAUCAGCAGAUUAAGGCUGGUGCCUAUGAUUUUCCUUCUCCUGAGUGGGACACGGUGACCCCUGAGGCCAAAGAUCUGAUUAAUAAGAUGCUGACCAUCAACCCUGCCAAACGCAUUACUGCUGCAGAGGCCCUCAAACACCCAUGGAUCUGUCAACGCUCUACAGUGGCCUCCAUGAUGCACAGACAGGAGACUGUGGAAUGCCUGAAGAAGUUCAAUGCCAGGAGAAAGCUAAAGGGAGCGAUCCUGACAACCAUGCUUGCCACAAAGACCUUCUCAAAAGGAAAUCCAUACAAGAAACCUGAUAGUGUUAAGAUCAACAACAAAGGCAACGUAGUCACCAGCCCUAAAGAGGCAGUCCCCUCUCCUGCUCUGGAGCCUCAAACUACCGUUAUCCACAAUCCGACUGAUGGAAAUAAGGAAUCCUCUGAGAGUACCAACACCACCAUAGAAGAUGAGGAUGUGAAAGCACGAAAGCAGGAGAUAAUAAAAGUGACCGAGCAGCUAAUCGAGGCCAUCAACAAUGGAGAUUUCGAAGCUUAUACCAAGAUCUGUGAUCCUGGACUGACUUCUUUUGAACCCGAGGCUUUGGGGAACCUGGUGGAGGGAACAGACUUCCACAGGUUCUACUUUGAGAACUCUCUCUCAAAAAGCCACAGGCGUACAGUACACACUAUUUUGCUGAAUCCUCACGUGCACCUGCUGGGAGAAGAGGCUGCCUGUAUAGCCUACAUUAGACUCACACAGUACAUCGAUGCUAACAACAUGCCUCGCACCAUGCAGUCAGAGGAGACUCGGGUGUGGCAUCGCCGUGACAGCAAGUGGCAGAACAUUCACUUCCACCGCUCGGGCUCGCCAACCGUGCCAACCAAUUAAUGAGGCGUCUGGAGCAGCACAGCUCAGUCUAAGGGACUUGACGUUAAAUGGUCACUGAGUGUCUGCUUUAUUCAAACCCCACCUUUACAACUACUCUACCCUGUCAGUCUUGUUUACAUAUCGUCACUGCUGGACUUUAGCCUACACACAGGUGGGGAAUUAAUAUCACUUUGUAUUAGGAAAUGUGUGUGCGUGCGCAUGUGUGUGUGUGUGUUCACCCACGCAUGUGCAUGUGUGGCUCACACACUCUCCUCAUAAAACAUUGAUGUUGAAAACUUAUGUAUACACUUUUUAUUUUUAAAUUUAAUGUUUCCAUUUUCUAUGGUGUGAAAGUAGGGAGUCACACUUGCUGAUAUAUCUUCGGGUGUGUGAGUAUGUGAGGAAACAUCAUGUUUGAUUGCUACUGUAUACACCAAUGCACGUGCACAUGUAAUUAGUAAUUUGUAAUCUAGGCACGAUAUCCGUCACUGAUCGUGACAAUAGGAUUAGCAGCAAAUCACAGCCACCUCAGUCUUGUUUCAGUGCUUUUCUAUUCAGACAAAAAAAAAAAGAAAUCUAAAUCUGAAAAUCGAGCUCGCUUUUGUUUUUUUGGUGACUUUUCAUGACCUUGUGUAAAGUGCUAUUCCUGCUUUAUCUUUUAGAGACUCUACAGUUGACCGUGAGCUUAGUUCUGCCAGCUUUUUUCUGUUGGAGGUUGCUAUGGCCUUAUUAUGGGUUUAACUGCCAAAGGAAGCACAGUAGCCUACAGCUUGCUAUUUUAUUCUGAUGUUUUCCACUUCAUCACAUAAACCCAAUAAAAACAAUUCACCUAUUUUUAAUGAAAAGUAUGUACUUUACAAAUCCACACGAAUAUCCGGUUUUAUUUCAUUCACUUAUUGUGAGAGUUUUAUGCUUCUGUUUUCAUUUUUAUAUUGUUUACUAUCACUUGAUGGGGUAUUCUUAAAAAAAAAAAAAUAAUAAUAAUGUGUUUUCUGUAUUUUCACUUGUUCCUUAAUUAAUUAGCAUUCUCUGUUAUUAUGUAAUGCAUGAAACAUCUUUUAUCAACUUAUUUUACUUUUAUGUACUACUUUUUUUUUUCUUCAGUAUCGUGUAUUUGCUUUUGUGAUGGUUCCUUGCUAAAGGGUAAAGUAGAUUAAACAGUUUUGCUUUAUAUUCUAGACUGUCCAUUUACUGAACGAGAGAGCAGUAGUAAGUGCCGUGAAGUGGUUUCAAAAUGAUUUAUAUUUGCAAAAUUUAUUACUAUUAUCCAUGCAAAGUGGGGAAAAAAAUGCAAAAUAGGAAUAUUUCACAGAUUUAAUAUAAAAAGAUGAUUUAUUUGCAGCACAGUUGAUAUUAUUUGAUAAGUAUUUGAUUUAAAUAAAGCCUGAGUUUGUUUAAACUUGAUUCAAAACCUGAAUUUGAGACUUGAUUUGAUAUCGAUGUUGUAUUUAGAUACAGUGUCAGCGGUCAGCGGUCUCAGAUGUAACGCUAUCAGUUUUUAUCUUGCUGUGUUUUAUUUACAUCUUUUAUUUUUUAGUGUUUUGUUACUUUUUUUAUUCUAGUCCAGUUGAUCGUUAAUUGCUGUUACUAGAAGAAAAUCCCUAAAUACACAAAACCUUUACACUAAGCAGAAAUAUAAAUACUCGCCGUUAUAAAGGACACAAUAAAGCAAAUAAAUAAACUGUGAAAAAUCCUUGUUUUUUUUUUCUUAAUUAAUAAAUGAAAUAGUUUAUAAGUGGAUACAUAGAGCAAAAUACUACUGUGCAUAAAAAAUACCACGUCAAUGCAUGACUAAUAUAUUUGUAUUAAUUGUUUUUAUGGUUAAUGGAAAACUAUUAGCAGGUUUGUGGUUUCUGUAUAUAAAAGUAUCUAAAUAAAACUAAGGGAUUUUCUUUCA